ACCCAGAUCUACGGCGGUGCAAACGACUAUGGACCACAAACCUAUGUUAUUCAGCCUAAUGACUACCAGAAUACAAACACAAAUUCUUACGGUACUCAAACUUUCGGCAGCUACCCUACCAUUUCGACAGGAUACGAUAGUCAAGGGUACGGUAACCAGGGUUCUUACACCUACAAUAGCUUCCCGAACACCAACACCUUCAGUAGCUAUGUAGCACAGCCCGCUACUUACAAUUACGGCAAUUACGGUAGUAUGCCAACCUACAGUAACAAUAACUAUGGCACCUACGGUACUCAAACCUACGGUAUCCCGGAUCCAAUCACAACCGGUGGCACAACCAAUAGCAACGUUGGCAGUUGCCCUUACUGUUUCGGCAAUAAGGGCGGAUACAAGGCGAAGAGAGAAACUGAUACGAAAAAAUUUGAAGCAAAGAGGAAAUUCGACGCGAAAAAUUCGGAAGCAAAGAGGGAAUCGGAAGCGAAGAAACCAAAUGAAACCAAGAAGAACUGA